UCUUGCCAACAAGAUCGUCGCCACAUACAAGUUGUGUUCUGAGCAGCUGUCCUCUCAGCAUCAUUAUGAUUACGGUAUGAGGGCUGUCAAGUCUGUCCUCACCGCAGCUGGUAACCUCAAGCUCAAAUACCUCGACCAGGAUGAAGCUAUCCUUCUUUUGAAGGCUAUCAUGGAUGUUAACCUACCAAAGUUUUUGGCUCAGGAUGUACCUUUGUUUGAAGGAAUAAUUUCUGAUCUGUUCCCUGGAAUUGUAUGUCCUAAGCCUGACUAUGGUGCCUUUAUGGACGCUCUGAAAGACAAUACAGAGAAAAUGAAACUACAGACUGUACCAUGGUUUAUUGAAAAGAUUAUACAGGUGUACGAGAUGAUCCUGGUACGUCAUGGAUUGAUGGUGGUUGGUGAACCUCUUGGAGGGAAGACCAAAGGCUGGCAGGUUCUGGCCGCAGCCCUGAGCGACCUUCAAGCUAUCGGCGCAUUUGAUGAGUUUAAGACAGUGUACAGAAUCAUCAACCCAAAGGCCAUUACUAUGGGUCAACUGUACGGGUGCUUUGAUCCAGUAUCACAUGAAUGGACUGAUG